AUGUACAUUACUUCGGUGAUACCUUUAUUAGUAUGGUCACUUUUUAGCUUAGUCGUGGCUGCAGGUGAGACUGCUGAAAAAGAUAUUCAAUUAAAUGUCAUUCUUAAUUGGACUUCUCCAGAACCUAGAAGAGCUUUACCUGCUGUUCCAGUAGUUGGAUUUGUGAAUCGUACUUGGAUAGCUAUAGAAAGUCCUGGUCUUAAUGAUCCAAGAAAAAUUGGAAAUGUUACUUUAAUUCAAAUUAGAGAUGAACCAUUUGAAUUAAUGAAAAGUCUUCAAGGUAAUACCAACGUUAAGACUAUUAUUCGUAAGAAUGGAUCUCUUAGAUAUAAUUAUGGUUAUGCUGAACGUCUUACUGCAAAAGUUUCUGAAUAUUUAGGUCAAUGGUCUAUCGAUUACGUAUACAAAUUUUUUAGAUAUAUUGACUGGUUUGUUGAUAUCUCCGGUAGAUUCAUCGCUUCCCUUAUAAAUUUAGCCAGACUGUAUGAUUGUGGUGGACAAAUUGUUGAAUUUAUCGAUUUGGAUGAAGGAAAAGCGUAUAUGGUAUUUGUUGGAUCAUGGACAUCUGGUCCUGUUUGUGAUAUACCUGCUAUUAAUAAAAAGAUUAAUGACAGAUUACCUAAAUUAAUUGAUGAUUUCAAGAAAUCAGGACAAUCCGCCGUCAAAGCUUCUCAUGAUCAUGGAAAUUGGUACCUGGAUAUUAGAUUAUAUGAACGUGAAUCAUUUGGUCAUCCUUGGGCAACUCAAGGUGUUAAUUAUCCUUCUUACUUCUGGUAA